GCUGCUUUUCGGAGUUCAGACUCCAGUCAUCUCUUAUGAAACAGAGAUCUGUACUCUCUACAACAUUUCCAUUGGGAAACAAAUUAUCGAAACUACUGUCGAAAACCAGUCGAUCCAAAGAUACACACUGGGAGGAUACACAAAACAUUAGAGAAAAUACAAACACCAAUCAACACAAAAUACCAUGACGCCACCACACCUAAUAAAAAGCACCACCGGGUAGGGGACCGGAGUCAUGCAAUUGACUGUUGAGCCGGACGCACCGCCUCCAUAUCCAAUCCCUGCAGAGCAGUUCCCACAAGUCCAGUGGCUGCACGCCUAGCUUCUACGAGAAGGGAAACUGCUUGGCAUCUUCUCUCUUCUUCUUCUUCUUCCUCUCCCUCCGUCGUCUCUAGGUUCUCUGGUUUCUGCCGCGGCAAAAGACAUCUCCUCGAGCUUCCAUCGGUUCCAGGAGUCGCCGUGGGGAUUCCUUGGUUGUCUCUGUUUCGGAUUUCUUCUCUGAAGCUGUGCUGGAGAUGAACGAACGCCGGUCAUAAGGCACAUGCAAUAAGAGACAAGGCGUCGAACCGGAAAGAAGUGUGGGUACAUUGACCCACAGAUGAUGACGGUGACACUAAUGACUUCAGAUAGAGUUGGCUUGAUUAGGUACAUGGUGAGGUGCAUGCGAGAACAUGCUGACAAGGAGCACAUUGUUGUAACGUACAACCCAGACAACCAUUGGCUUACACUCGUCAUCAAUGUUAAGAGCAAGCAAGUCUUUUACCUUGACUCGAGAAUUCCAUCAGAUGAGUGGAGAAAGCCAAAGAUACGUGAUUAUUCUCUGGUCAUCUCAAUCCUUGACGAAUCUCUUGACAGGCAUCUUAGGGCCGCAGAAGGAUACAAAGAGCAAUGUCGAUGCACACAACAACCCUCGGGUAACGCAUGUGGGUUCUAUAUUUGCAACAAUAUGCUUCUAGUUGCAGCGGAACCGGAUUUCAUGAACGAAGAUGUUUAUUUCAAUCGUACGACGAUUGAUAACGUGAAGGAUAUCCGAGAGAGGCUAGCGGGGUUCCUCACGAUCGAGGUGAUCAACCCAAAGGGGGGGUUCUAUUUUUCAUAGCACGGCAGACGACAUUGAUGUAGAUUGAGACUUGCUUUGCUUUUCUUCUAUUGUUCUUGUCGAUGAUUGUUGUUUUGAGUUAGGUUGAGCCUUGUUUUGAGUUUUGGACGAGGCUAAUUGCUGUGGAUGAUUGUACAUGUGUUAUAUAAUACUAUCUUUACUUGUGUGUC